CUACCCACGAAGACGAGGCCUUGGGGCGGGUCUUGGCUCGGGCAGGUGACUAGAAGUUGGUUAACCGCCCAGAGAGUGCUCUACGGGAACCCGGAACAGGGCGCGCCCUUUACCACAGCAACCCAAUUGGUGUUAACCUCCCAGUGAGGUCAUUCCCAAUCUGGAACUCAACUUUGAGAAGAGAGACGCCCCAGCAAGACUGUUUCGGGGCGUCCUCCAGCUGCUCACCUCCAUGGGCCAGACGGCCCUGGCAGGGGGCAGCAACAGCACCCCCACCUCGCAGGCUCUGUAUCCUGACCUUUCUUGUCCCGAGGGCUUGGAAGAGCUCCUGUCUGCUUCCCCUCCUGACCUGGGGGCCCAGCGGCGCCAUGGCUGGAACCCCAAGGACUGCUCAGAGAACAUCGAGGUCAAAGAAGGGGGGUUAUGCUUUGAGCGGCGACCCGUGGCCCAGAGCACUGAUGGGGUCCGGGGAAAGAGGGGCUACUCCAGAGGCCUGCACGCCUGGGAGAUCAGCUGGCCCCCGGAACAGAGGGGCACACACGCGGUAGUGGGCGUGGCCACGGCCCUCGCCCCACUGCAGGCAGACCACUAUGCGGCGCUGCUGGGCAGCAACAGCGAGUCGUGGGGCUGGGACAUUGGGCGGGGGAAGCUGUACCAUCAGAGUAAGGGGCCUGAGGCCCCCCAGUAUCCAGCGGGACCUCAGGGUGAGCAGCUGGAGGUGCCAGAGAGGCUGCUGGUGGUUCUGGACAUGGAGGAGGGAACUCUGGGCUACGCUAUUGGGGGCACAUAUCUGGGGCCAGCCUUCCGCGGACUGAAGGGCAGGACCCUCUACCCAGCUGUAAGCGCUGUUUGGGGCCAGUGCCAGGUCCGCAUCCGCUACCUGGGCGAAAGGAGAGCGGAACCACACUCCCUUCUGCAUCUGAGCCGCUUGUGUGUACGCCACGCCCUGGGGGAUACCCGGCUGGGCCAGGUGUCUGCUCUGCCCUUGCCCCCAUCCAUGAAGCGCUACCUGCUCUACCAGUGAACCUGGGAUACCAGACUGUGCUGGAGCCACUGCAGGCCUAGACCAGCAGUGAGGUUGGGUCCCUCCCCCAAUUCAAGCUCUGGGGAGCUCCACAAGUCUCAGUGCUACCCAAAACAGUGUGGCAGAGAAUUUUUAAGGCUGUGACAGCCUGGUAUAUAAGACAUUUUUUUAAAGUAAAAAUACUAAGAGAUGUGUUAUAGAAACCUGUUAA